AUGUUCCAGAUUGAAAGGCCUAAUUUGAAAUUAUAAAUUACUGUUCUUGAUUCAAAUUGAACAGGUGACACUCAAAACAUAGCGGUCAAUUUGCCAUUCAGACCAGUGAAUUGAUCUGUUCAAAGUUGGAAGGGGUAGAAGCAGUCAGAGCCAUCAAAAUAAAUGGUUCUUUUAUGACCAAGUGCUCGGGACCAUACCAAUGUCAUCACCAUCCGCUCGAGUAGAAUAGCAAGCGAGGGAUGUUUUUAAAGUUGUACUGUAACAUGCGUUUUGACUAGGAUGCGAGAUGCCAGAUGGAAUCCUAAUCAUACACCUAAUUGGUAUAACAACUCUCCAACUACUGAACAGCAAAAUUUACAAAACCCAUAUUCUUAAAUAUUGACUUGCUUAUUGAAAGAAAAAGAAAAUAUCAAAUUGGGCAGUGGUUCGAGUUUUAUAUUAACACGUCUCCCAAGCAUGGCCAGCUAAGUUGUUUAAUGUCUAACUCCUCUUCUGCAUAAAAACCUCCAAACAAGCUUCCUUCUGAACACACUGCUUUAUCAGAUGAAUGGGAGAACCUUCGUUCUCAUAUUCUGCUUCUGGGCUUUCCUUACAAUCAUUACUCCUACACUCGUUCACUUGUCCGCCUCUGCCAAACCCAACUUCGAUUUCAAAGGUGAGGAAAGCGACGGAUUGAAGGCUCGGAGAAUGAUGGGCUACUUAGAUAAACAUAGCAGAAGCACACCAGUAGCUCCGGCCCCGGCACCAGCACCAGCACCAGCACCAGCACCAGCACCAGCACCAGCACCUGCGCCAGCACCUGCCCCAGCGCCGGUGCUGGCACCAGAACUAGGGGAUGGGGAAAAUGCUUUCCUGGAAGGCUUUCCAACACAAAGACCAAGAUUCCAGAGAGCAUGAGGAGGUGUCAAGGCCAUGCUUGUUUACGAAUUUAUAAAAAAAAUAUCCCCGGGAUUUGUUGAAACCAAUUCACUCAAGCAAUAUAUGGAAAGAGGGGCUUAAGAAAUGAUUGAAAGAUUGUAAAUAUGUCAACAGCUACAGAUACUUGCAGGAAAGAUGAAAUAAAAGGAUACUAAAGGAUGAGGUUCCUCUUCAUUUGAGAAA